AUGACCAUGGACAAACACAAUCGGCGCAAUGUACUAGUCUCCGGCGCAAAUGGUUACAUCGGGUUGGCCGUUUGUCGAGCAUUUGUCCGUGCUGGCUGGAACACCUAUGGCCUCAUCCGGAACCCCAGAGUAAAAGAGGAACUUGCCCUCUCUGAGAUUAUCCCAGUUGUUGGGUCCUUUGCCGACCUUAGCUUUCUGGGUCCUCUUUUCGAACUAGUCAAGACUUUCGAUGUGAUUGUCAGUUGUACAGAGAAGAUCCCCGGUUAUGCUACUCAUUUCGAAGAAGUCAUUGCAUGUGUUGAGAUACUGGCGAGGCGAAGUAACAGCGAAGGGGUACGGCCUCUCGUGCUGUGGUCAUCGGGCUGUAAAGAUUAUGGCACCACGUCCCUCCACGAUGCACCUAAUCUGGCUGCUCAUGUCGAAGAUUCGCCGCUAAAUGGACAAGAAAUACUGAAAGAGCGUACCAUCAACUCAGUCAAGGUCUUCUACUAUACCGAUCUCUUCGACGCAGCGGUUGUGCGGCCAACAUGUGUUUUUGGUUAUUCCAGCAGCUAUUACGGUGCCAUCUUUGACUAUGCAGAUGCACAGCGAGCAGCUCACUCCCAAGUGCUUCGAAUCCCUGGAGAUGCGAACAGCAUCAUGCAUGCAACACAUGUGGAUGAUUGCGGCGACGCCUAUGUGUCACUCGCGGAGCACAAGGAGCGGGGCGCCGUUGCUGGUCAGUCUUUCAAUAUCUCUGGCCAUCGCUACGAAACGUUGGAUGAGAUCGCAACAUCCGUGGCCAAAGAGUAUGGGUUUGAGAAGGGUGUGCGAUUCGUGCCGACUAGCGAAGUUGACCCUUCGUUUCCUCAGGGGCUGCAUUUUGUCUUUAGCUUUAGUCAAUGGGUCAGAAGUGACAAGUUACGGUCGCUCACAGGAUGGAAGGACAGGCGCGCUUUGUUCUCGGAAGGGAUACAUGCACAUAGGCUGGCGUAUGAAGCGUUCAGAGGUCAUGGGCAUGCCAACGUUGCUGAGGUACAAAAAAGGAUUGAAAGUAUUCUGACACAAUAG